UCUCCCAGCUGUGGCUUCUUCUGCGGGGAACUCAUGGAGGAGGUGGAGAAGAGAGAGGAGGGGAGUAACGACGGCAUGUUGGAAGGUGGGGUGGAGGUGAGGGUGCUGGUGGUGGAUGACUCCCCGGUGGACAGGAGGAUGGUGGAGGUCUUGCUCAAGAAGAGUGGAGCCAUGUUUCAAGUUACAUCGGUUGACAGUGCAAAGAGGGCAAUGGAAGUUCUUGGAUUAAGUGAAGACAAGACCAAGUCUCCUGUUGUCGAUGACCAGAAGGUAGACAUAAUCCUCACAGACUACUGCAUGCCGGAGAUGACUGGUUAUGACCUCCUAAAGGCUGUCAAGGAACAGAGCUGCCAAAAACCCAUUCCUGUGAUCGUAAUGUCAUCAGAAAACGAGCCACAGAGAAUCAACAGGUGCCGAGCUAUUGGAGCCGAGGAUUUCAUCAUCAAACCUCUCCAAACUAAUGACGUUCUGAGACUGAGAAGCUACGCUAGAACAGGACUGCCGCCGCCGCCGCCAUUGUCGUCUUCCAAGGCGGGCACCAAGAGGAAAAUGACAAUCGAGUUGAUGGCUGAGAGCGGCGGGGGUGGCUCGGAAAGACGACGGCCGCGCCUUACCGGGCUGGCGAUGGCGUGAUAGCAAUCAUCGGCAACGAACAAGCGUCAUAGGAAGCCUCUCAUAUUGUAAUUACAACGUAAUGCCUACCACGCGUUCUCGAGUGAGUUUGUUUGCUUGUCGGUGUAAGUGGAUGGAUCAUCUGCGAUUCAACUGUUCUUGCUUUGCUCUUCAAAUGCUGUCCAAAUUAAGCUUCUUGAAAGCUCGA